UUUCUUCUCAAAUUCAGCAUCAAUCUCAUUGAAAACGGCAUGAGUACAUAUUCCGCUACUCACGAAGCUGUCUAAAAUUCAUUCAUUCAACCUUACGUUUAGUUGAAGACCAAUAUGAACCUUCCGGAUUCCGAGCCUUCCGCUUGUGUUGAUAGCGACACACCGGUUCCUACUAAAUUGAGGCGCUCAUGUGAAGCAUGCAGGACAUCCAAAGGUAGAUGUUUACCAAGUAAAGAUGACCCUACUCGAUGCGCAAGAUGUUUAAAAAGCAGGAAGAAAUGUGUGUUCUUGGAAACGAAACCUCGACCUAAGAAGAUGAGAUCUUCUAGAGUGCGUGUUGCGGAGAUGGAGCAAAAGCUUGAUGGGAUUUUGAAUAUCUUGGCAGCCAAAUCUCAAGCAGAUUCUCAGCCUAAUUCAAUCCCAACACCUGAAUCUCCCCAAGAAAAUAUGCCGUUGGAUCUAUCAGAGAUGUUCGAGCUUUCUUUUCCAUUACUACCAUUGGAGAAUGCGAGUAUCAAACCAUUCCAACACAUGUCUUUGUCUACACCUCCAAAUCUUAGUUACGGUGGUUUGAAUGAUGUCAUUUCGAGGUGCAUAAUCAGUACAAAACAGGCUGAAGAGGCACUGAAGGAGUUUGCUAGUAGAGCUUCAGCCUUUCCGUUUGUACUUCUUCCUCUGCAAGCCUCUCUAGAAAGCUUGAGGCAUGAACGACCCAUUCUUUUGCUUGGAAUUCUUGCGAGUACAAGUCAAAACAAUAUCCCCCUGCAACAUCUUCUUGAAAGUGAGCUACGCGAAACAAUCAGUAGCCGUACAAUUAUGCACGGUGAGAAGAGUAUUGACUUGCUACAAGGAAUACUUUUGUACCUCGCUGCGAAAGAGAAUCUAUUCCAGCUUACGCAAAUGGCAAAUGCUAUGGUGAUGGACCUUGGACUUCACAGGCCAAAGUUUGGUGAAGUACAAACGAGCUAUUCAAGCACUCUUGGCUUUGAAUGCCCUAAAAACUUCACCUCAGCUCAGAUAGAGGAGAAGAGGACUCUUAUCGGAUGUUUUUGUUUGACAUCAUCAAUUUGCCGCAGUCUGAGGAAACCCAAUAGUCUGAAGUAUCACGACUAUAUUGAACAAUGUUGCCAAAUAUUAUCGGAGGUCAGCGUAACCGAGACGGAUAGAUUGUUACCGUUUUUCACAAGAAUUCAUCGACUUGGCGAAGAGGUUAACGAUGCCUUUGAUUACUCCAAUCAUGGAGAGCUUGCUAAGCUUGAUUACGUACGAAUUGAGAUGUUCAAUAGAACUUUGUCUCAACAAUUUCAGGAUAUCCAGAGGUACUUUCCUGCCGAAGCUUGGAGCAAUCACACACUGAGAAUAUCGUAUGCACAUCUCCGUAUAUAUGUUGCAGAAAUCAGUCUUAACAGCAUUCCAUCGGACUCACAUCAAUUUACAACUACGUCAUCAAAUCGAGCCUCCUGGUAUCAUUCUUCCUCAAGAACAGAAAUGUUGAUUCGUUGUCUACAGGCUGCGAAGGACUAUCUCGAUAUGGUGUUAUCUCUCACUCCCGUAGAAUUCUGUUGUCUUACCGCACCAAACUACAUAGAAUUAUUCUACGCUCUCCUCGUCCUCGGAAAAUUCACCGAAGGUUGCGAUUCCCCAUCCCUCGACGGCGACCAAGUCCGUCAAGCCGCAAACCUCCGCUACUACCUUGAUUCCAUCGAUGAAAAAAUGGAAAACCUCCUCGUAUACAAUAAUGGCCAAGCUCAACGAAAUAGUGUCUGGAACAUGAAGCUUCUAUGUCAGGAAAUAAAGAAGUGGCACACGCGAAUCGUUUCUGGCGUUCCGGGUUCCGAACAUACAAUGAUUAAUGGUGUAAAUAUCUCAUUUACACAUAUCAUACCGUCGAUCCAAGGACUUUGUAGCGAAAUUCUUAAUUCGAUGGCGGAUUUAAGACCAGGGGGAAGUUCGUCGCCGGAUGCAAUGGCUGAUUGGAUGGCGUUUAUGGCUUCUGAGAGUAAUGUUAGACCGAGGUGAUGUGGAAAAUUUGUUGUAGAAAUAGAAUGAGGGUAUGGGAUUUCACUGUUACCUUUAUAUGAGGAGUUUUUUGAGUUGGGAGGGGAAAGGGACAACUUUACCCUUCUCUUUGAAUUAUUCACACGCAUUCUUUCAUGCUUGUUUCAUGUGAUGGAGUUGGCAUUGUGGCGUUUGGAUACUAUAGAGUAUGGCAUGUACAUUUACAUAUAUGUGUAUAUGUAGGUAUAUGUAUAUGUAUACUAGACUGGAAAGUUUUAUAGCGUUGAAGAAUUAGUAUCUGGCGUUGAAGAUUCUAGGGUUAUAGAAUGAUAGAUAGGUAGGUAAGUAAGUAUCAAUAACUAGAUACGCAGCUCUUAAUCUUUCUUUCUUUCCUUCUUUCCUUCUUUCCUUCUUUCCUUCUUUCCUUCUUUCCUUCUUUCCUUCUUUCCUUAUUGC